AUGGAAGAUGAUCAGGAAAGGGAGAGAUUUGGGAUGGAAAACGACUAUGAAGAUGGCCAAUGGAUUGGUAGUGAAUUCUAUGGAAAACGCAAAGAAAAACGUCAUCAAACCAAAGAUGAUGUCCUCUAUGGUAUCUUUGCUUCUGGUGACUCAGAUAGUGAUUCUGAAGGUAACUCCAAGAAAAAACGAAAGAAAGGUUUAUCCAAAAAACAACAAGAUCUCACUAAACCGCUCAAUUUUGUAUCAAGUGGGAUUGUAAUGCCAAAUGAAGAGAUCGAUAGCAACACAAAACAAGAGAACCAAAAAGAUGAUCAAGAUCAAGAUGAUGACAGCAUGCCAGGUUUAGGUCAAGGCCUCGGUUUCAAUUCAAACAACAUCAAUGAUGACAACAAAGAUGUCAACGAAAACACCAUUGACUUUCUUCCAACAGCAUUUGGUAAAAUGAUCAAAGAAGGUGCACUUCAGAGGCGCGAAAAGGAAAUUGAGAAGUCCAGAUUAAACAAAAAGUCAACUAAACCAGGUUUGGGAAAACGAGAAGCAAAAGAUGAGGGCAAUGUUGGUGUGUUUGAGAAGCACACAAAGGGUAUUGGUAUGAAAUUGCUUGAAAAAAUGGGGUAUAAAGGAGGUGGUUUAGGGAAGAAUGCACAGGGGAUCGUUGCUCCAAUUGAAGCAAAGUUACGCCCCAAGAACAUGGGAAUGGGGUUUAAUGAUUAUAAAGAGGCGUCUAAUGCUCCAACAUUGCAGGAUUCAGUUGAUGAGAUUAAGGUUUUACCUCAGACUCCUGGGAUUCUCCAAAAAGAGAAGCCAUGGAUGAAACAAAGCAGCUCAAAAAAGAAGAAAAAACAAUACGUAACUGCAGAGGAGCUAUUGGUGAAGAAACAAGAACAAGGAAUCGAUGUAGUCCAGAAAGUGUUCGACAUGCGGGGCCCACAAGUUCGCGUGUUGACAAAUUUAGAAAAUUUAAACGCUGAAGAAAAACUAAGAGAUAACGAUAAGCCAAUGCCAGAGCUCCAACAUAAUCUCAAUCUAAUCGUUGACUUAGUCGAACUUGACAUACAAAAAAUCGACCAACAAUUAAGAAACGAAAGGGAAACAGUUGUCACUUUACAAAAAGAAAAAGAGAAGCUAAAAGACGAUGCUGCCCUUCAAAAGAAACAACUCGAUAGCAUGGAGGAAAUAGUUACUAUAAUGGACAAUUUAACCAACGAAAGCUUGUUAGGAACAUUAACUUUAGACUCCCUUGCCACGUCAUUUACCGACUUACACAAACGAUUCCCAAACGAAUACAAGAUUUGCAGCUUACCUAGUAUCGCAUCCUCUCUCGCAUUACCUUUAUUCAUCAGGGUAUUCCAAGGAUGGGACCCACUUCAUAACCCAUCACACGGGUUAAACGCAAUGUCAGUAUGGAAAAAUUUAUUAGAAGGAGACGAAAUUUUCGAUUCACCUUACACUCAGCUUUUCAUGGAGGUCGUGUUUCCAGCUGUCAGAAUCUCCGGGACUAACACGUGGCAAGCGCGGGACCCAGAACCAUUAUUAAGAUUCCUAGAUUCCUGGGAACAGUUACUCCCCCACUCGGCUCUUCAAACCAUACUCGACAACAUUGUCAUGCCUAAGUUAACCUCUGCUGUUGAUUCGUGGGACCCACGUCGCGAAACCAUUCCGAUACACUCGUGGGUCCACCCAUGGCUUCCGUUGUUGGGGUCGAAGCUUGAGAGUUUAUAUCAUACGAUAAGGAAUCGGUUGGAAAGUGUUCUGCACGCGUGGCAUCCGAGUGACAUGUCAGCGUUCUAUAUUUUGUCGCCUUGGAAGACGGUUUUUGACCCAACAAGCUGGGAACAGAUAAUGGUUAGGUAUAUUGUUCCUAAGUUAUUGGGUGUGAUGCAUGAGUUUCAAGUCAACCCAGCAGAUCAGAAGCUUGACCAGUUUUACUGGGUGAGGACUUGGGCUUCUGUGAUUCCGAUUCAUCAUAUGCUUCAUAUAAUGGAUGUGUUUUUCAACAAAUGGCAAGAGGUUUUGUAUCAGUGGUUAUGUUCAAAGCCGAAUUUUCAAGAAGUGACAAAUUGGUAUUUGGGGUGGAAGGAUUUGAUUCCAGCUGAGCUUUUGUCAAAUGAGCAUGUGAGGUAUCGGUUGAAUAUGGGUUUGGAUAUGAUGAACCAGGCGGCAGAAGGGCUGGAGGUGGUUCAGCCAGGGCUGAGGGAGAAUAUAAGUUACUUGAAGGCGCGUGAACAGAGGCAGUUUGAGGCUCAGAGGGCGGCGGCUGCACAGGCGGCAAAGGGACGGGUGGACGAGAUGGGUGGUGGUGGUGAUAUGAGUUUGAAGGAGGUUAUUGAGGUUCAUGCACAGCAUAAUAAUUUGUUGUUUAAGCCGAAAGUGGGGAGAAUGCAAGAUGGACAUCAGGUUUAUGGAUUUGGGAAUGUCAAUGUGAUUAUUGAUUCUUUGAAUCAGAAGGUGUUUGCUCAGACUGAUGAUAGGUGGUCUCUUGUGACACUUGAGCAAUUGGUGACACAGGAGAAGAACUCUGUUGUGAGAAGGCGUUGA